AUUUAUAAAGUGGAAGAGUCCUUAGCCCCCGCCAUCUUGAUUCCCGUCUGACAACCAGAAAGAAAUUUUCGUCCGCUUUUUCUCGCCAACGGUCUGUGACGUGAACGUGUGAUAGUUGUCACAAGUACAAGAUGGCAGACCGCAAGGCCGAACUGGAGCGGAAAAAGGCGCGUCUUGCGCAGAUCCGUGAGGAGAAGAAGCGGAAGGAGGAAGAGCGAAAACGACGAGAGGCAGAAGAAGCUGCUAAGGCAAGUAAGAAAGGACCAGAUCCUUCAGAAAUUGAACGGAAGCGGAUUGAAACAGAGCAACUAUUGAAGGACAUCGGUAUAGAAGAACAAAAGCGAGCUCAAGCUGCUGUUCCCUCAAUGGUUGCAGCUGAGCCCCCGGGUGUCACACAGAAAAAGGCACCCCCAAGUGCUGAUGAUCGACCACUACCAACACUGGCAAGAAAAUCGCUGAAGCUGAGCCUGACUGACACCUCGGUGAUCAACAUCCCGCCACGGGAGAAGGUUGCCUACAGCAAAGAGACACAGACCAUCGUGGAAGUGCAGGAAAAAGAAGAAUCUGAAGAGGAGAUAGAGCCACCCCCAGAGGUAGUGGAACCUCCCCCUGACAAGAAGGAAGAAGAGGAGAAAGAGGAAGAAGCCCAGAGACCGCGAGAGUUGACAGAAGAGGAGAAACAGCAGAUCGUCCUGUCUGAUGACUUCCAAACCUUCAUCAACAACACCUCCCGCGUCAUGGAACGUGCGCUGGCCGAGGACAUGGACAUCUUCUACGACUACGGUGGCCAGGAUUUAGAGGAAAGGGAGGGUCCUGAAGCAGGUGCAAAGAUGUCCCUCCAGCGACAGUUUAACGAUGAGCGCUGGUCCCGCUACCGUACCGUGACACAUCUGGACUGGUCGGCUCAGUACCCUGAGUUACUGGUGGCCUCCUAUAACAACAAUGAAGAGUCACCCAACGAGCCUGACGGAGUCUGUCUAGUCUGGAACAUGAAGUUCAAAAAGACUACCCCAGAGUACAUCUUCCACUGUCAGUCUGCAGUGAUGGCCGCUACCUACGCCAAGUUUCACCCUAAUCUCGUGGUCGGCGGGACGUACUCGGGGCAGAUCGUGCUGUGGGACAACCGCAGUAACAAGCGCACUCCGGUACAGCGGACUCCUCUGAGUGCUGCAGCCCACACUCACCCGGUAUACUGCGUAGACGUGAUAGGGACACAGAACGCUCACAACCUGAUCACCGUGUCCACGGAUGGGAAGAUGUGCUCCUGGAGCCUGGACAUGCUGUCCAACCCGCAGGAGAGUAUGGAGCUCCAGCACAAGCAGUCCAAAGCUGUGGCCGUCACCUGCAUGUCCUUCCCACCCAACGAUGUCAACAACUUUGUGGUGGGCAGUGAGGAGAUGGCUGUGUACACGGGCUGCAGACAUGGAAGUAAAGCAGGUAUUAACGAGAUCUUCGAAGGCCAUCAGGGUCCAGUGACCAGUAUCGACUGCCACCCUGCCACUGGUCAGGUGGACUUCUCUCACCUCUUCCUCACCUCGUCUUUCGACUGGACGGUCAAACUGUGGAGCGUCAAGCAUCAGCGACCACUGUACUCGUUUGAAGACAACAGUGACUAUGUGUAUGAUGCCCGCUGGUCACCCAUCCAUCCUGCCGUGUUCGCUACAGGUGACGGCAUGGGGAGACUGGACGUCUGGAACCUCAACAAUGACUCAGAGGUCCCCACAGCCAGUGUGACCCUUGACAUGCAGCCCGCCAUUAAUCGUGUUCGCUGGCACUCGUCCGGACACCAGGUGGCCUGCGGCGACGCUGACGGAAAAGUCUGGAUAUACGACAUUGGCGAGCAAAUUGCGGUACCGCGGACAGACGAAUGGCAGAAGUUUGUACGAACACUAAGCGACAUGCGAGCCAACAUGGUGGACAGUCAGGACGAGGGCGGCCUCUCCUCCGGUCGCACAAGCAUGUCCUCGUCACCUCUACGAUAAAACACCGUACACCGUCAACACACGAAUCACUAACUUCCAAUAUUCCUCACACAUUUAUGGAGUUUCGUUGAUAGGUUGAUAUUAAUCUACUAGAAGUUUACUGGUUAUGUUCAAGUUACUUCUGUUCAAGUUCUUACUAUUAUGAAUAACCGCCGCUUCUGUGAUAGAUUGUUUGCCAUAAUCCUCUUGGAUUCGAAUCUCAAUGCACAAUGGUUGAUGGAUGGAUGAUGGAGCCAAAUAUUGGGGAGGGGGGCAAAGCGAAGGAUGGUUGAAGGAUGGUUGGCAGGUUGAAUGAUGAAAUGUGGUCAGAGAUGAUGGAGGCAGUUGGCAAAAUUGCUAAAGCAAGCCUUGCAAGAAUAACACAAAUCGCUUGCUAAAGCUGGUUGCUUGGAUAUCAUUGCAGAUAAAUCAAAGGAUGCAAUACAAGCAAAACAGGUUUGAAAUUAGCUUUUACUCAUAAUUCAGUGUUUAUGGUAUGGCCAUGUGGACAAAGAUUCAGGUUGACAUACACCUUGAACCUUUCUGCAAGGAUGACAGAUAUGUCAAUAUGUGUGAAAUAGAUGAAAUAUUAUCAUAAAAAGGUUAUGAUCAUAUAGAAUCUGAAUAGACACAGUUGAUGUACCCGAAGAAGUUUUGGUAAUGUCCAAGACACGUCAUCAUAAAAUGACAAAAAAUCCUAACCUCAGAUAUUUAAUGUAAUGGCAACUAAUGCUUGCAUACAAUGCUGAAAUAAUUGUGUGCUAACAAAGCUACAUUGUUAGCAGAAAAGUCUAAAUCUAUCAAGUAUAAGUACUUGUAGGUUGUAUGGUGGGCAAUUCAAGGAAAAUUCUUGUCAGUAAUGGCAAGCCUGAAUCAUGUUUGAAACAAAAUCUUUUUUUUUAUAUGUACAAUAAAGCUGUGAUAUGUUGCUGCCAGUA